CUGAAUUUCAGAAAUGGAGCAGAAUUAUUUUAACAAAUCGAAAAAAGGAAGUGGCUUUGCAUGGAAAAUGCCACAGUGAUCCUCUUGAUAUUUGAUUGGUACGACCAGAAGAAAGUUGGGAGUUAUUAGAGAAAAGGAUAUUCGGAGAAGAACGUUGCCCUAAUGAACUAAAGGAUGUUGGAGAAAAAAUAGCCCAAAAGUGUGAUCGGCUUCCUUUGGUACUUGAUUUGAUCAGCGGAGUCGUUUCAAGGAUGGAAAAGAAAGAGGCUUUGUGGCUUGAAGUUCUCAAUAAUUUGAGUUCCUUCAUUUUUAAGGAUGAAGAGGAAGUGAUGAAGGUUAUACAAUUAAGUUAUGACCAUUUGUCAGGUCACCUAAAGCCGUGCUUAUUGUACCUUGCAAGUUAUCCAAAGGACGAAGAUAUUGCGAUCUCUUGGUUAAAGGAUUUAUGGAGUGAUGAACUUGUGGAACCAACUGAUUUGAAGAGUGUGGAAGAAGUAACGGAGGUUUAUGUGGAUGAGUUAAUUUCUAGUAGCUUGGUAAUAGUGAGAGGUGGUAGGCACCUGAGUUGCCAAAUUCAUGAUCUUGUGCAUGAUUUUUGUUCGAUUAAAGCUAGAAAGGAAAAAUUGUUUUAUUUGAAGAGCUCAAUUUUUCUGUCUUUAUCCUCUUCUUCAGAUAUGAUGCUGCGUCGACGGACCAUUAUUUAUGAUGAGGACAUUCAUUCAGAUGAUUCUUCCUUUUUCAGUCCAGAAAAGAGAAAUCCUUGUGCUAAACACCUCCUCUCUUUGAAGAUAGAAUCUGGAUAUCUGUAUAACUGGCACCUAAGACACCUGAGGCUUCUUAAAAGGCUGGAUCUGUGGGGUAAAAUUUUGCCAGAUACUUUUCUGAAGGAAAUAGGCAUGCUUAUUCAUUUGAGGUGCUUAAGGAUUGAGUUGAAGGCAAAAGCUCUCCCUCCAUCAUUUUCAAACCUCUGCAAUCUAGAAACUCUGGUGGUGGAUAAUAGUGGAUCAAACCUGGUAUUAUCCCCUACUAUCUGGGGUCUUGCAAAGCUACAAUAUGUGUCCAGCUCUGAUUGUUCUGUCUUUGAUUCGGAUAUUGACAAACUAACAAAGUUAGAGAAUAUGACAACCUUAGAGUGUCUCAACCUCUCUUGUUCGGUAGACUCAGAAGAUAUUUUCAAAAGAUUUCCCAAUCUUCGAACCCUUGGAUUCGUCAUGGAUUUUUCAGCAGCAGAGCAGAUAUAUUUUCCCAGAUUGGAUGUCCUUAAUAAACUCGAAAGAGUUUAUGCUAUAUUUGAGUGUUUUAGGCAUACACAUGUACAUCAGUUUGAUUCUCACUUACCUUUGAGCUUGAAAGAAGUGAAAUUGGAUGGCUGCACUGUCAGGAAUUGGGAGAUCACUACCCAACCUUCAAAAGCUGGAACUAUUUGACGCAAGAAUCCAGGGUGGAAAAGAAUGGAAAAUGGAACAAGUCACCUUCCACAAUCUCAAAUCUCUACAACUGGUUUAUAUGUUUUUUGCUAAAUGGCAGGGAGGAAAGAUAUAUACGAUAUUGUACUGAGCUUAUAGAGAUCCCAGAGAGUUUUGGACAUAUUGCUUCAUUAAAGUUUAUCUCAGUGUUGAAUAGCCCUCGGUUUAAAGAGUCGGUACUCAAGAUUAAGGAAUAUGUUGAAGAAAUGACCGGAGAAGAUAAGCUUGAAGUAGAGUACUAAAGCAGGACAUAAAUUUUUCAUUCUAUCUUUGAAUAAAAUUUGAAGUUAUAUUGGGAA